AAUGGUUCUCUAUCACAUACGACGUACCGUUUCGGUAGUUUGAAAUAUGGAGUGCCAAAUUCUGAUAGCCAAGCAACGGCAGAUCGUAUUGUGUCGAUAGCAGCUACAACACGCUUUCAGUGAUCCAAGUCGUUUCUCUAUAAAUAGGCCCUUCGGUCCCGUCCCCUUUACUUCGUUCCCUGGGGGGUUCUGUUGGCUUUUUGCUGCCAAUCUCCCUACUUAUUUUCAGAACGGUACCAAAUUUGAAAAAAUACCUGAAGAAGGACAAAUAAUUGAGAAUUAGAGACAUUUUGUAACGAAUUCCGGUUAUAGUUCGAAAACCUAGGGUAUAUAUAUACCCUUAUACUAUCAGAUCGUAAUGGAUAUGAGAUUUCCACACUCGUCGGCGGAGGUAGCCAAAGUCCGCAAGGUGCAGAUCGGCAUAAUUAGCCCUGACGAGAUUGUAAAAUCCCUUUUAUCCCAUUAUUUCUUUUACCGUCUAUUCCGCUGCUGAAAAAUUAAAAAGAUGUGCAAAAAGAGAUGUUGAAUUCAUUGCUAUGGUUUAACUUCCAGUUAUCAUUUGCUAUAUAUUACUAGUAUGUUUUCUUCUUGUGUUGUCGCACAGGAUUUAGUGUUCCUUGUGCUAAUGUUGUGAAACUUUUAUGGAAUUUUUUUGAAUCAUGUUGCUGUUUGCUGGCAGAGACAGAAUGUCUGUAUUGCAAAUUGAGCACAGCCAAACUACAGAGAGGGGCAAGCCCAAGCCAGGGGGUUUUAAGUGAUCCUAGACUGGGCUUGACUGAUAGAAAGAUGGAGUGUGAAACGUGUACUGCGAACAUGGCCGAGUGUCCAGGUCACUUUGAUCAUCUGGAGUUGGCCAAGCCAAUGUUUCGUUUAGGCUUUAUGAAAACAGUGCUGCAUCAUGCUAACUGUUGUUUUAAAUUGUUCCCAGAUUCUGGCUGAUGAGGAACGUUUAAAUAAAAUUGUUAUAGUUUUUCAACUAGCUGAUAUCUGGUGAAUUGACCGAGUUGUCUAAGCAUGUGGAAAAUUGGAUUUUAAGUUCACAUAGUACGCACCAGGGAUGACUGAUAAUUGUAAUGAGAAUUAGCAGCUUCAUGCACAAGUAGGCGCCAUAGAAAGUGGUAGCUGUCAUCUAUUUCUGCUUAAUUGCUAAAUCAGUCGGCAAAUUCAUAGGGCAUAUUUAUGACGUUUUUCUAUGGUGUUUGAUUGCAUUGCUGCAGGACGACCACAAGUUCAAGCAAGCUUGAAAAUAAAGAAUCUGAUACAAAAGGCUUAAAAUGAUUCUUGAUGCAUGCAAGAACAAGGUUAAAUGGGAUAGUGGUGAUGACAUUGGUGUUCACGGUCAAGAUACUGAAGCACCAGUUAUAACGAGUCGUACUAGCUGCGGCACUAGAUGACCAUUGAAGGUGUGAAGAUGAUUGGUGAGUACAACUGUACAAGGCUCAAAAGAAAAAAAAAUGAUGAUUAGCAAUAGCUACCUGAACCUGUCGAAAGCAAGCAGAUACUUCCAGCUGAAAGGGUUCUUAGUGUUCUGAAAAGGACAAGUUUUGAGGACUGCUACUGGAGUUUUAAUCCAAAAUAUGCACGUCCAGAUUGGAUGAUUCUUCAGGACAUUCCAAUUCCACCACCUCCUUUGAGGCCCUCUGAGAUGAUGGAUACAUCCUCUAGGAGUGAGGCAAGCUUUUUUAUUUUCCCAUUGAUUGUUCAUCAUAAAGAAGCUAAAUAUACUUAUGUUGAUCAUAAAGAAUCUGAAUAAUGCUUAUGUAUUUGUUUUUGGGAAAUGUGGAGUUUUGGCGUUUGUACUUCAGUGAUGAGAAAUCAAAGAUGAUUCUCAUUUCUUGUCUAUGCUGAAUCCAGGAUGAUUCGACUCAUCAGUUGGCAAUGAGAAUUUGAGGAAACAGGAGAGUGGUGGAGCUCUUGCUCAUAUUAUAUCAGUGUUUGAAAAGUUGUUGUAGUUUCACGUGGGGCAUAUUUUGGCAAUGACUUCCUUAGACAGCCGUAUACAAGAGACGAACUAGAGCGUCUGGUAAUUGACUACUUGCUGCUGGCUAAUUUUGGAUUUAUAAUAUUCAUUACCUGUGUAAAAAUUUGAAAAUUGUGUGGCUUGUUCUAUUACUAGAAAAAUGAAAUGGUACACAGGGAGAAGGAAACGUGCCAGGUGUAAUGCUCUCUUCUAGAGAGGUUGCUUUCACAAAGUCAGAACCAGAAUUUGACCACGCGAAGCACGUGUCUGACCAGGUAUUUGGGUAUGUAUUUUAUUACAUUCAGGCCGGCUAAGAAAGUCAACUACAGCCUCACUUAGCCUUCAAAUUCUCGCUUUCUCUGACAUGAAACAGGAUUUUCAAGCCAAUUCCUGAGAGGCAAGGUGAUCUUGAUGGGGAAACAGCAGAAAUUUAAAGGCCAAGUCUUAAACUUUCUACCAAAAGCAGCGACUCCUGUGACCUUUCUGAGUCCACCUCCAAGUCCAAUUCGAACCAAUGCUGGAAAAGGACUUUCUAGUCCAAGAGUAUCACUUAUCCCGAAGGAGGUAAGGAGAAGAGCAAGGAGUUUAAGCUUUGAUGCAAGAGAACCCACUUCUCCCAAAGUUUCGUGCAUGGGCCAAGUCAAGAACAAAAAGAAGAAAAAGAAGAAGAUGAUGAUGAUGGACCUCACAAAACUACCAGACAAUGUGCUAUGUUCUUGUCCUGGAGCAAUAAUGAGGAUUUUUAAGAGAAAGCAACAAAGUGGGGAAUCCGAUGUCUCCAAUAAGAAGCCACCUACGGAAGAACAAAUCCCUUCCUCGGGUCCUUCGAAACAAUUAGCAAGUGGUCGAGGUGUGUUACAGAAAUUCGAUUUGAAGGUUUGUGACGUUGUAGGGGCUGCAGAUGGGGAGAGCUUUUGUCCACCAGAUGAAAAGCUUCAGGAUAUUGUAACCUCUGAAUCCAUGUCGAUGGAUGGAGAGAUUGCAGUAAAUCCAAGAUAAGAUGUAAAUUUGUGGAAGAAACGAGCCAUGUCUCCUAUUCAACUGUAAAAUAAAGCAACAGUUUGCCGCUUCAGUGCAAUUGAGUACAUCGAGUGUGAGCACUUGUUUGGGAUUUAAUCUAGAGCCGGCAAUUUGAACAAUCGAAUUAAUGUGUGUGAUUUAAUGUAAACGAGUUUAUAACAUUCUAAAAAUAAGUUAUUCAAUGAUUCAUUACUUAAUCGAAUUAAUAUAUUAUUUUGAUUUAUUUUGAUUCA